UGACCCGACCCGCUCUCUCUCUCCCUCUCUAUCUCUGCAUAUCACAUAAGCUGGACUGGUGAGGGCUUUGUAUUGAUACACAAAUUUAAUCUAGUAUGUGCUUAAUUACAUGUAAUAAUCUUUGGUUAAAUAAGGGCAUUUAUGGCGAUUUAAAUUAUGUAUUAUUUUUAUGAAUCAACAGUGGAGAUUAAUUUCAACAAUGGAAAUUGUUCAUUUAUGUAUUAGUUGCCUAGGAUAACAAAUUCCAAACUUGUUAACAUGAUAAAAAUUUCAUUCAUACUGUGAGAUGUUUGCUGUCUCGAUUAUUUUAAGGGAAUCGCAUUCUCGACAUUAGAGUUGCUAGUUAUAUGGUGGUGACUGGUCCAAGAUCAAGAAACACUACACAGCACUGAGUCAGCGAGUCUCAUGCGAUGAUGGCUGUAAUAAGGACUCGAUCAUUCGUUCCUUUUGUUUUCCGAUAUCCCAAAUUAGUUAUUAAAUGGAGCAGGUGCCCUAAAUCAUUAAUUAUUGUAUCGGCUCACUCAAAAUUAUGCAUGCUAAUAAGUUGGACAUUUGAUUGAUAGAAAAGACAUGCCGCCUAUGGAGGAUGUCUAAUGGAAAACAAACUGCAUAAGAGACGGGAGGAUUGAAUUAUGUGACCAAAUGGGGGAAAGAACAGACGACUUAAAAGAUUUAUGUAAAAUGAUAUUUGAUUCAAAUUUCAUUUCUCAUACGUGUCCAUGAUAUUCUGAAUGUUUAAAUUUUCUAGAGAGGAAAUUAAGAAAAUAGGUAUAGUUAUAAUAAUUCGCUCUAUACCCGAGCUGCUGCUCUAAAUUGUUAUCCCUAUUUUCUUUUGACCAAUUUUCAUGGAUGCCCCUCUAACGCCGCCCGAACCUCCGGGGUCAUCCCCGCCGUCAAUCAGGCGGCGGAAAUUCCAUUUAGCUUCAGAUUCUGCAUCAUCAGCGUCUUCGAGUAAUUGUUGCUGUGCGACGUCGUAUUCUCAAAAGGGGAUCAAGAUUUCGAGAAACCCUAGAAAAAUUCAGGUCGGGCCCUUGAAGAAGGGCCGGAAAAGCAUCGGCGGCAGUGAUGUCGACGCUCUCGCCCUCCCUCUGGGAAUGUCAAUUGCCGCCGUCGUUUCUCAGGUUUUGGUGAGGGAAAAUGCGGCUGGUGGGAGGAUGUCUGUUGAUCGUGUGUCUGAGAUCUGCUCCUUAGCGGUGAGAGAAUCUUUAUCAAAUCAGGUAUUUGGUGACAAAUUUGAUAACUUUGUCAGAAAUUUUGAGAAAUCAUUUCGUAGUACCCUGCUGACUUUGAGAUUAAUUGAAAAUUCAUCUCAAAAUGUUGGAGAACAAUUUCAUGGGAAUAUGGGAGAGCUUUUAUCUCUUGACAAACCACAAGCCUCUUCAUGUCAUUGCCAACCUACUGAUGUUUCAGAGCCACAUAAUGAUAGAAAAAGGACUGAUCUACAGCAAAGGGAUGGAUAUCAGGAGAACUCUUUUGCAGGAGUGAGGAGGGUAUCUCCUCUUGAUAGAGUAGAAGAUUCCGCUUGUAUGGAUAACUCUGAUUCAACACCUCAAGGAAACAUCACCAAUAGCCCGAGCAGCCCUCACAAGCAAAUGGAUGAAAACAUAAGGACAAACUUGACAAAUCAACAGCUUGUUCUGCAUGACAAGCAACUGGACAGGCAGCUCUCAACCUCAUCGAGCUCGGGUAUGAACCAGUCUUCAAUGCUAACCACUAUCGAAAAAUCUGUCAUGGAGCAAACUCGUUCAAAUGAUCUCAAGGCGUUUGAGAUCGGUCUCAUCAUGAAAAAGUUGCAGCUUAAGGAAAAGCAACUCGCACUCAGUUCUCACGCAAAUGUCCUGGAGAGGUGGAAAUUAUCUGUGGGUUUCUCAAAGUCAUUCUUCAAAGCUGAAAAAUUCAAAACGCAGUUACAAGACAGCAGACAGAUUGAGCUCCUUAGAAAGUGUUUAGACUUUCUUGUUGCUGGUCUAAUCACCAUGUUACUAUCAAUUGCGUAUGGAACUUAUGUGUAUUCGCACCGAAAACUCAUUGAAGCCACUGAAGCUUGCUCUCCUUACACUGAAUCCAAGUCUUGGUGGAUGCCAAAAUCAAUGGCAACUUUCAACACAGGCCUACAACUGGUGGCAUGCCAAAUUCAAGUUUGGAGUCGGAUGCUGUUCGGUGUUCUAAUGAUUGUAGCCAUCACCUUCUUACUCCUUCAGAGGUCAUCGGCUUCACACCAGACCAUGCCCGUCACCUUUCUGUUGCUCUUGGGAAUCGGGUGUGGCUACGCUGGGAAGUUCUGCAUUGAUACAUUGGGAGGCAGUGGAUGCGACUGGCUAAUGUAUUGGGAGGCUUUAUGCUUGUUGCAUUUCUUCGCCAAUACUUUCAGCUCGGCGCUGUAUUUUAUCCUCAACGGACCCAUCUUGGUUGCGGAAAGGAUGGAGCACAUGACGAGGACAACAGCAACAAUGUUUCCAUACUGGAUGAGAAGGACACUCUUUUUCACUACGCUGAUAGUACUGCCAUUACUUUGUGGCUUGAUGCCUUUUGCCAGCCCUCCAGAAUGGUUCGAUCAUUUUUCAUCGAGGACCUCAGGUUUCAUGGAAUCCUUGGAUGAUUGAUGAUGCCUCUCUUUUAUUUUUGGUGUGUGCGCGAAUUUGUAUGGUGUUUUGUAGGGGCAAGAUGUGCACCAUGUAAUGAUGGCUACCAAACACUACACUCUAAUUAAAUUAUAAUUAAUCCGACUAAGCCUGCGGUUUCCAGAGGUGCAGUGCUUGGGUAAGAUCAUAACGGGCCAUAUAUGCA